GCCAAACAGCGACAUGGGGAAGAUGGCGGCAGCCGUGGGCUCUGUAGCGACGCUGGCGGCAGAGCCAGGGGAGGACGCCUUUCGGAAGCUUUUCCGCUUCUACCGGCAGAGUCGCCCUGGGACCGCAGACCUGGGAGCGGUCAUUGACUUCUCGGCACCCCGCGGCACGGGGCCUGGUGCCCGCAAGGUGGUUAGAGCUCAGCUGAGUGUGUCUUCUGUCAGUGACCACGAUGCACAUAGAGCAGGACUUCAGCCAGUCAGCAAGUGGCAAGCUUAUGGACUCCAAGGCUAUCCUGGAUUUAUUUUUAUCCCAAACCCCUUCCUCCCAGGUUACCAGUGGCACUGGGUGAAGCAGUGCCUUAAGUUCUAUUCCCAGAAACCAAAUGUGUGUAACCUGGACAAGCACAUGACCCAGGAGGAGACUCAGGACCUGUGGGAACAGAGCAAAGAGUUUCUGAGGAACAAAGAAAUGAAUAAACGGAGACCCCGAAGCUUACUAGAGAAGUUGCGCUGGGUCACCCUAGGCUACCAUUACAACUGGGACAGUAAGAAAUACUCAGCCGAUCAUUCUACACCUUUCCCUUCUGACCUGGCUUUCCUCUCAGAGCAAGUAGCCGCAGCCUGUGGGUUUCGGGGUUUCCGAGCCGAGGCAGGUAUCCUGAAUUACUACAGAUUGGACUCCACACUGGGAAUCCACGUAGAUAGAUCUGAACUAGAUCACUCCAAACCCCUGCUGUCUUUCAGCUUUGGACAGUCUGCCAUCUUUCUCCUGGGUGGCCUCAAAAGAGAUGAGGAGCCCACAGCCAUGUUCAUGCACAGCGGUGACAUCAUGGUAAUGUCAGGUUCCAGCCGCCUGUUGAACCAUGCGGUCCCAAGGGUCCUUCCAAGUCCUCAGGGGGAGAGCCUGCCAUGCUGCCUAGAGACGCCUCUGCCCACCGUCCUCCCCAGAGACUCCGUGGUAGAGCCCUGCUCCGAGGAGGACUGGCAGGUGUGCACCAGCUACUUGAAGACCGCUCGUGUGAACAUGACUGUCCGACAGGUACUGGCCACAGACCAGGACUUCCCUGUGGAACCCAUGGAGGAGAAGAAAAGAGACAUCACCACAGAAGGUUUCUGCCACCUGGAUGAUGAGAAUUGCCAAGUAAAACGAGUGAAAUUAAACCCUGACAGCUGAGACUUGGGGAGCCCGUUCUUUUCCUCAGGCAGGUCUCACAGUAGAUGACCAUGCUUUCUUGUAUUGCCGUAGACUUUAGCAUCAAGACAAGCCAAAAACAGAGACAGGGAAAAACUCAUCAUGGAUCACAGUGUUGCCUUGGAACCCAUCCUGAAGAGUAAAGCAGCUAGCCACUUUACUCAGAGAUGUGUUGGACAUGGUCCAGUCUGGUUAGAUGUUAGCUCUUGUAUGUGAGAAGUCCAGGCAGCAGCCAGAACAGCCUUCCCAGCCUCUGCCGUUACCGCUGAGAGAGGCAGAAGUGAGUUGCCAUGUUACUGGAGCCUUCAAUACCUCAGAUUUUAUUAAUGGGAAACCUGACACCCUUCCUGCUACCCCAUCUAAUGAUUUGUGGUAAAAUCAUGGUCCCAAGAACCAGUCAUUAGUCUCAUCCUCAUUCUUCCAGCCAUCCAGUGAUCUUUUCUUCCGUCUUCUCUGGCCUUCACAGAAAAAUCCUAUACACAUUCAGACAAUGGAACUAGAAACCUCAUCUCCUAGGAAAGAAAUUAAUCACAGCUCUCUCUUACCUAAAAGAUAAAAUAUAUAUAAAGCCCCAGGAAGAGGAGCGGUAGUUUCUCCAGAUUUCCUUUAGGUCUAAACUCUUCGUGUUGGCUUUUUAAUGCAGUUUUAAUUGUUGGACUAAAAAAGCCCCAAGGGUGUUCUGUAACUGUUUUCUCCAUGAAUAAAACUCUCUCUUUUAAAUUAAAGAUCUGUAUCUGUCUUCGAGGGUUAGUGAAUCUGGGAUUAGGUUUUUUUUCCCUGUUUUUACUUGCUGCGUCAUUCGUGCUGUUGAAGCCCUCUAGCUGUUUCUGCCCUUUACCAUCCCGCUCUGCCCUAAGGAUUCUCUGUGAUUAUCUCACAGGAGAGAAUAUUCUUUGAUAUUCUAGUCACUGCUAUCUUUUGUGAUUGUGGGCAGCUUGGGAAAUGCAUGACGCACCAAGUUUUAAUAUUUGUACCCCCACCAGCUCGAGUCACCAUACCCUUAGGUGAGCUGCUUUACAUUUCUCUGGGCCUCAGUUUCCUCAUCCGUGACAUGAAAAUAGUAUUUACUCCCAACUUCCAUUUCAGUUGAUAAUGGGAAUUUAGUGCUCCUUUCUAGAAACAUGGUGUCAGUAUUUUAUUACUGCAUGGACCCAGAAACACCGCCUUUUGUCAGUGUGAACGACUGUCUAGAAGCCACUUGAAUACCUGCUGCUUGAGACAAGACUUGCUGAGUCUGCAUGUCUCUGUCCUCCCUUUUUUCUUCUUAGUAACAUUGUAUAUUGAGUUCAUAUUUUGAUACUUGUUUUUUAAGAAAUAAAAAUUAAUACAUUCGUCCCUUACAUCUAAAUAACCUCAAAACUUAGUGUAUGCUGAAAAAUUUUUAUGUAAUUAAAGUAUUUUAAAUAAAUAAUUUUAAAUUACUAAAAUCGCCACUGGAAAAAUCCCUUUUGUUUUCCCUUAGUGUACAUCAUUCAGGACCCACUGAAAAUCCACAUCUGUUGUUUAGCAGUCUAGUAGGUCAGCCCAUCCUUCAGCAUCAAAAUAGUUUGCUCUUCAGUUAGUUGAGUAUCAGACAAAGGUGCUAACUUGUGUUUAGAAACAAUGUGGUACCGAAAAAGUGCAUACUCAGACUAUAAACUCAAACCCCACAAAGUGAGAUAUGUGUGCUGUGAGAAGCCUGUGGAAAUGGUCCCGCCAAGAGAAAUGCAGAUCCCAGUCUCGCAGCCCACACUCCCUUGAGAGAUGUGCUGAUUGGGAUGGUGAGGAAAAUUAUUUACACCAUUAAGUUCUCUAAUUUGUAUUUAUUUUUGUGAGGCACCUAUCGUUGAAGCGCUAUAAUGCGACUCUAUUUUCACAGUAAGCAGAAAAUGAGGCAAUUGAGGAAAAAGGAAAAAUUGGUGAUUUUUUCCACUUUUCCGUGAGGAUGACCCCCCAGGGUUGGUUGGUUUUAGUUGUCCACCAGACAUUCUCCAAGUCAGGAGAUGACAAGUGCUGACCAACCUCCUGUGUGUGUACUGCCCACGGACUAAGAAUAGCUUCUACGUUUCUAAGUGGCUGGGGAGAAAAAGUCAAGAGUCGGAAUAGUAUUUUGUAACACCUGAAAAUGAGAAAAGAGCCAAAUUUCUGCAUCCGUAAGUAAAGUCCUAUCAGAACACAGUCACACUCGUUUAGAGAUGACCUGGGGCGGCUCCUCAUCGCGCACAGGACAGAGUUGAGUGGUGGCAGCGGACAGCACAGGGCCUGAGGGAUCCAGCCUCGAGCAGAGAGUGUUGGUGGAUGUCGAGAAAGGAAGCUAGACCCCGAGACAGGAACCUGAAACCGGGGGGAGGAGCCAAGAGAAGAUCUUUUUUUUUCCUUUAUUAUUUUA